AUGGCAGCCAAGUCCGGUCUGAGGUGGCCGCGGCUGUUACUGUGGAGGUUGUGGCGGACUCGGGGCCCUCCACAAAACCGAGUAUCGUGCUUGGUCCUAGAAGCGAGGACUUAUUCCCAGGGCGACGGCCCGUACUCGCGCACGGCGCUGUAUGAGCUUCUCGGCGUCCCCUCCACGGCCACGCAGGCCCAAAUCAAGGCUGCCUAUUACCGGCAAAGCUUCCUCUACCACCCGGACCGCAACUCCGGGAGCGCCGAGGCUGCCGAGCGCUUUACGCGCAUCGCCCAGGCAUACGUGGUGCUGGGUAGUGCCACCCUGCGCCGCAAGUAUGACCGCGGCCUGCUCAGCGACUUGGACCUGCGCGGACCUGGCGCCCGUCCCUCCACGACUCCCUCAGCGGAAUCCGGCCCGCCUCGCAGCCCGCCGGCCGCCCCUCGUACCCACGGCCGUGGUAAGGCCGCGCCGGACGCGGACCGCACCAUGUUCAACUUUGACGCCUUCUACCAGGCGCAUUACGGAGAACAGCUCGAGCGGGAACGCCGCCAGAGGGCCCGGCGCGAGGCCCUUCGCAAGCAGCAGGAGGAUCGGGCUAAGAAAGGCUUCCACUGGGACGAGAUCCGAGACACCACUUUAGUCUUCUUUCUCCUCACAAUCUUCAUCCUAAUGGGCAUUCGCUUUUAAUUGGAGAGAGAAGGGAAGGGGAUCAGACCCCAGAAAAUGGCCUUUCCUGUCUUGAACCCUUCGCUUUCCAGAGUCUACCUCUGCUGGGGUCCGAAGGAACCGCUCUUCCCCGCCCGCCCAGCUUAGCCGUUGACCUGCACAUCCCUCUCCCUGCGGUCCAGAAAAGGAGGCUUUUCGAUGCCCAAGAAGGAGGCCCCAAAAUGAAGAGCUCUGAAAGCCCGAGAGGGAAGGGUUUUCUGGAAUCUUUUGGGUGCCUGCUUCCAGAGUUGCCUUCCUGAUGUCAACUUCUGGAACACUUGCUCUGGCUUUAUUGUAAAGCUCUGAGCAAGAAUUGUGUGCUCCUGCCCCAUGUUUGUGCCAUGGGGCUCUGUAACCUUGAAACGUGCAAUGUGACCAAUUGUUGGCUGCUAAAAGAAAAAUUCUGAGGUUGUACAACCUUGUCUUUCUGUGAGUUCCCAAGCCACAGGUGAGACCUGAUAUAGGCUAAAAAUGUAUGUGGAAACCUUGCUAUUCUAUGGUCAGCCCCAAACCCCACUCCUUUCCAUUGGUGGCAUGAGGGAGUGGGAAAGCAAAGUCAUCAAGCAUAAGGAAUGAGUGUACCUGUGCCCGUACAUAUCUAAUGUAUGACCUUGGAGAAGUUUCUCUAUGGGCAUGAUGGCAGAGAGCAAGUGAUUUGCUCUCUUGAAGUCUGUCACACUUUAUUAUCCAUAGUUCUAAUGGGCUCAGUGGUUAAAACAUGCUAGUAGAGUCAAGUUUAUCCUUGGGACAGUGUGCCUGUCACCUGGUUAUCCCCUUACCAGCCAGCCUUUUUGCAAAUGAUGCAGCCUGUCCUCUCCCAGACAGAGUUCCCCUGAGUGUGGCCUAUCCUGUUUAGCUUGCAGGGAUUAUUGCAGGCCCUACAAGCUAAAUCCUGGAAACAUGGUUGCUUGAGACUGUAGGAAAUUUUGGGAGUUUGGAGUUGGGACUACUCAGGAUCAGGGGGCCUGUGGUGGAAACUUGGUUCCUUGUUUAGAACUGCCUGAGGCUUUUUUUUGUCUUUAAUUGCUAAACAGUAGGUCAGUCAUCACUUGGCUAGAGUGGUAAUAGUCAUGCUCUCUUAAUCCCCAGUCACCGCACAUAGGGAAUGCAUGGCUGUGAGAUUGUCAGUGCUCAAAUAUUUAUGAACUGGGGCUGAGUGUAAAGCUGUGGGAUAGGAAAACCUUUGCAAGAGAUCUACCACAAGGGUACCAGCCUAAGUCUAGAGUCUAAACAAAGCCAGAGGUGCUUUGGUAUAUUAAUACCAAGUCUUGCAUUCACACUCUUGUGAAAUCCUUGUAUAAAUUGGGAUAAACCAAAGCUAUUUCAACUUGGUCUCUCUGAUUCUCUUUAGCCUUAGAGGUCAGGGGCAAACCCUUAGUCAUGGCUUUGUAGUGACCACAUGGUUCAAUAAUAAAGAUUUGAGUCGACCCUGGUUCAGGUCCACAGUUCUCAGUGAGCCUUGAUUUUGGGGGUGGGGCAUAUGUACUUUGAAAAAGAACAUUUAGUGUUAUUAUAUUCAUAUUUGAAAAACGAGGGAGAGUCUUUUUCAAAUAUAACACGUGAAGUGAAGCUUAGUAAAAUGUACAGAAGCUAGUGAUUCUCAGUCAAAGAGAUGGGGCAUAACAAUGUCCUUGGGGCAAGAUUCUAUCAAAAGGAGUUGGAGUUCUUUUGGGUCUUGUUUGGAAAAGCCCUAGUGGUCUGUAAUAGCUGGGACCUUUUGCAUGGGCUUCUUGACAUAGACCUUUCAAGUGUGCUUUCUGUGACGAUCACAGUCAAAAACAUUUCCUGGGGCCCCAGAACAUGGAAAUGGAUAGAAAGUUAAGAAGGUUCCUGCCCUGG